AUGCCGCCAAAAUCGCCCCUGUCACCCAAGUCGACCAUGUCCUCCCGGUACACGCCGCACCCGUAUUCGCCCUCCUCGCCCGCCGGCCUGUACGGGGCCUCGCCGGCCCGCAAGCAAAAGACGAAGCGGUUUUCGUGCGGCACCGUCCUCUACGCCGUGUUCUGCCUGCUCGCGCUCGCGACCAGCAUCCCCAUUGUCGUCUUUGCCGGCCGGCUUCUCCACAGCUGGCCCGACUAUUUCCACAAAGCCGCCGGCAUCCCCUUUGCCGGCGGGCUCAUUGCCGUGGCGGCCGAUCUCUGGGCGGUGGUGUUCUUUGCCCAGCGCCACCGUGCGUUCUUGGUCGCCGUGCCGCUCGACCUGCUCUCUGCCGUCCUCGGCGCCAUUGGCAUCUUCUCGCUCCUGCAGGCCGGGUUUAACAACGCCAGCCAGCCCUUGACGGACGCCCAGGCAGAGCUGGCGACGAGCUGGUCCGCCGACCAAGACUUUGGCAUCAUCUUCUCGGGUCUCUUAUGGUGA